UUGGUGAGAAGUUUGGGAGCUCAGAUUUGGAUAUCUUCCUUCAAACCCCGGGAACUGUCUCUGCUUCUCCUGCAGGAUCACAGCACCGAUUUGGUGCCAAAGGCCAGAUUUCACUCUCUUUUUCUGCAGGCUUUAUUGGCGUUUUCAACAUUUUUGUCGCUUCUUUUCCCUUUUUUAGACGUUUGUCACGUUUUUCAACGUUUUGGGCAUUUUUUCUGACAUUUCUGUCACUUUCUUCAACGUUUUUUUUCUGACGUUUCUGUCGCUUCUUUCAACGUCUUUGGACCUUUUUUUUUGGCAUUUCCCCCUCAUUAUUAUCUUGCCUAGCAUUGCCUAACUCCCCUGCCUGUAUGCCCCGGGCCGGCCCUGCGCAGGACUCUCUCCGUCCGAUGGAUAACUCGUGCUACCUGUGCGCGCUGUUUCUGCUCGCGCUCUCUCUGGAGGGCAUCACGUGCCAACACUACUAUCUCCUCCGGCCCAUUCCCAGCGACACUCUGCCCGUUGUGGACCUACGGGAGGACCCGGACCCGGCGCUGGACCCCCGGGAGAAAGACCUGAACGACACGGAGCUCCGGAGCGCGCUGGGCAGCCACUUCGACCCGCUGUGCAUGUCGCUGUCCGCGCCGCCGCCGCCGCCGCCGGAGGACAGGCACGCGCCCGGCGGGAGCGAGGAUGUAACCGAGGCGGAGCUGCGGCACAGGCUCUCCGGAGCCAUGCCCAAAGACAUCCGGGCCAUUGAGUUCGAGGUCCAGCACGGUCGGAAGCAGAAGCCGAGUAAGAAGCUGCGCCGGCGGCUGCAGCUGUGGCUGUGGUCGUACACCGGCUGCCCGGUAGUGUCCGCGUGGAGCGACCUGGGCACCCGCUUCUGGCCGCGCUACCUGAAGGUGGGCAGCUGCUACAAUAAGCGCUCCUGUUCCAUCCCUGAAGGGAUGUUCUGCAAACCUGCCAAAUCCACUCAUUUAACGGUCUUGCGAUGGCGCUGCCUGCAGAGGAAGGGGGGGCUAAAAUGCGCCUGGAUACCCGUUCAGUACCCCGUUAUAUCCGAGUGCAAAUGCUCGUGCCACAACUGAAAAUUCAAAACUUUUUUUUUUUACUGAUUGUUUUCAGACAUUGAGGCUACGAGCCAUUUCAACUCCGAUGAGUCAGACACAAACUUGUUUUCUUGCAGCGGAGUGAAGAAAUGUGUCUUUAUUCCAAAACAUUUCAACAUUUUAUGUGACUGCAAACGCUCGUGCCUUCAACUGAAAACGGCUCUGCAGCCAAAAUCAGACUUUUCUGAUUAUUUUCAGACACAAGCAGAGAUCUUUACGAGCCAUUUAAACUCCAAAGACUGGAAAAAAGUCAGACAAAAACUUGUUUUCUUGCAGCAGAGUGAAGAAAUUUGUCUUUAUUUCAAACAUUUCAACAUUUUGUGUGAGUGCAAAUGCUUGGGCCGCAAUUAAAAAGCAAUUUUGGAGUAUUUUCAGACACAAGCAGUGAUCUGCCUUUUAUAUUUGAGUGCAAAUGCUCACUGAAAAAAAGACCAAAAAAAACUGAGUGAUCUUUAGGAGCAUUUUAUGGAAGAGGAUUGGGGUCAUAUGUAAAAAAAUAUAUAUAUAUUUCAGUUCUGAGUUUAAAAUCACAAUCCUGACUUUCUUCCUUAGAAUUAUGACUUUUUUAUCACAAUUUUGAGUUGUUGUAUUUUAAAGUUUAACAGAAAGUCUGAAUUCUCAGAACUCAAAUAUAUUUUUCAUACGUGGCUCUAAUCAUCUUCCAUAGGUUUAACCUCUGAGGAGUCAGACAACAACUUGUUUUCUUGCAGCAGAGUGAAGAAAUGUGUCUUUAUGUCAAACAUUUCAACGUUUUAAGCGACUGUCCCUACUGAAAACCAGACUCCAACCAUUGUUUUCAGACAAAAGCAGAGAUCUUUAGGAGCAUUUUACAGAAGAUGAUUAGUGCCACAGUUCAGAAAUGUGACUUUAAACGCAGAACUCAAAUACAUUUUUUACAAGUCAAUGUUAUCAGCAAACACAUUAAAACUUAACACGAAAAUAGAAAUAAUAAUACACAAGACAAUCAACGAAAACAUCAAGACAUACAAGUGCAACCAUACAAAUUCUCACACACACACACACACACACACACACACACACACACACACACACACACACACACACACACACACACACACACACACACACACACACAGACAGACACACACACACACACAAUCACCGCCACACACACACACACACACACACAAACAUACAGCCACACACACACAUUGUAAUUAAACAAAUAAAUAAAUAGGUUUUGAGUUUGCAUGUGGCCCUAAUUAUCUUCUGUAGUAUUUAAACUCUGAGGAGUCAGAUAAAAACUUGUUUUCCUGCAACAAACUGAAGAAAUGUGUCUUUAUAUCAAAUCUUUCAACAUGUUAUCUUUAAAGAAAAUAAGAUUUUGCAGCUAAAAUCCAACUAUUAGGAUUAUUUUCAGCAGAAUCUGGGACGAGAGGACCGUCUCGCACCGUGAGGAUGCAUAUUUGAUGUACAUGUUUUUAUUUCAUGACAGAACUUUGUAUAAAAAGGAAGGUCAGUGCUGUUAAUAUAAUCACAUCUACUGUAUUUGUAUCUCGAUUAUAUCUGUUUUAUAUUUAUA